GUUUGGUCAUUGAGGACUCUUACCAAGCACAUACAUGGCAAUACCCAACUGCGAAUGCAACCUGAUUGAAAUCGCAUUUGUAACAGAAGGAUGGUAAUCGGUCGUCUUUGAACGGGAUCCACCGAGAUUCUCCAUUGAUUGUCGCCAAAUUCUUCAGAUUUGAGUGCUUGAAAAUUGUAUUAAUGAGAAGUUAGAUUGUGAAGAAGGAAAAGGUGGGUGGUUGUGAGUUGUGGUGGUAGACAAACAACUGAACAAUUAUGGACUUGGAGGAAGAGUACGAUCCAUCGGAAAGCGUCGACGAAGAGGAAGAGAUCACCCAAGAAGAUGCGUGGACCGUUAUCAGUGCAUACUUCGAAGAAAAGGGUUUGGUUCGUCAGCAGCUCGACUCGUUCGACGAGUUCAUACAGAACACUAUGCAAGAAAUCGUAGAUGAGUCUGCCGAUAUUGAGAUUCGUCCCGAGUCGCAGCACAACCCAGGCCACCAAUCCGAUUUCGUCGAGACCAUCUAUAAGAUUAGCUUUGGUCAGAUAUAUCUUAGUAAGCCAAUGAUGACAGAGUCAGAUGGAGAAACUGCGACUUUGUUUCCGAAGGCUGCGAGAUUGAGGAAUCUAACAUACUCAGCUCCCUUGUAUGUGGAUGUCACUAAGAGAGUGAUAAAGAAAGGGCAUGAUGGUGAAGAAGUAACUGAAACUCAGGAUUUUACUAAAGUCUUCAUUGGGAAGGUUCCUAUAAUGCUCCGGUCGAGUUACUGCACAUUAUAUCAGAAUUCAGAGAAGGAUUUGACGGAGCUGGGAGAGUGUCCAUAUGAUCAAGGUGGGUAUUUCAUUAUCAAUGGGAGUGAAAAGGUUCUAAUUGCUCAGGAGAAGAUGAGCACCAAUCAUGUCUACGUGUUUAAGAAGAGGCAGCCAAACAAGUAUGCGUAUGUGGCGGAAGUCCGAUCAAUGGCGGACUCCCAGAACAGGCCACCCAGUAGCAUGUUUGUGCGGAUGCUUUCGCGGACCAGUGCCAAAGGGGGCUCCUCAGGCCAGUAUAUUCGUGCUACCCUUCCGUACAUUCGGACUGAGAUUCCUAUUAUUAUUGUGUUUCGGGCAUUAGGAUUUGUUGCUGACAAAGAUAUAUUAGAACAUAUUUGCUAUGAUUUCGCUGACACUCAGAUGAUGGAGUUGCUAAGACCCUCCUUGGAAGAAGCAUUUGUAAUACAAAAUCAACAGGUCGCACUGGACUACAUCGGGAAACGAGGGGCCACUGUUGGUGUCACAAAAGAAAAGAGGAUUAAGUAUGCCAAAGAGAUCCUCCAAAAGGAAAUGCUUCCUCAUGUUGGUGUAGGAGAAUAUUGUGAGACAAAGAAAGCUUAUUAUUUUGGAUAUAUUAUUCACCGGCUUCUGCUAUGUGCAAUUGGACGAAGGGCGGAGGAUGAUAGGGAUCACUAUGGCAAUAAGAGACUUGAUCUUGCUGGUCCUUUGCUUGGUGGCCUCUUUCGAAUGCUAUUCAGAAAGUUAACAAGGGAUGUGAGAGCUUAUGUUCAGAAGAGUGUUGACAAUGGGAAGGAUGUUAAUCUGCAAUUUGCAAUUAAGGCGAAAACAAUUACUAGUGGCCUUAAAUAUUCCCUUGCUACUGGGAACUGGGGACAGGCAAAUGCAGCCGGUACAAGAGCUGGAGUUUCCCAGGUGUUAAAUCGCCUAACGUAUGCCUCCACUUUGUCGCACUUGCGAAGAUUGAAUUCUCCUAUAGGGCGAGAAGGGAAACUAGCAAAACCACGGCAGUUGCACAAUUCCCAAUGGGGAAUGAUGUGCCCUGCAGAAACUCCUGAAGGACAAGCUUGUGGACUGGUAAAGAAUCUUGCACUGAUGGUGUAUAUAACAGUUGGAUCAGCAGCAUAUCCCAUUUUGGAAUUUUUGGAAGAAUGGGGUACUGAGAAUUUUGAGGAAAUCUCUCCUGCGGUGAUUCUACGGGCUACGAAAAUAUUUGUUAAUGGUUGUUGGGUUGGCAUUCAUCGUGGUCCUGACAUGUUGGUGGAAACCCUGAGACGGCUGAGGAGACGGGUUGAUGUCAAUACUGAAGUUGGGGUGGUUAGGGAUAUCCGUUUGAAAGAAUUACGGAUUUAUACUGAUUAUGGACGUUGCAGUCGACCACUAUUUAUUGUGGAGAAACAAAGACUUCUUAUAAAAAAGAAGGAUAUCCAAGUGUUACAACAAAGGGAAACCCCAGAAGAGGGUGGCUGGCAUGAUCUUGUAGCAAAGGGAUGUAUAGAGUACAUUGACACAGAGGAAGAAGAGACUACUAUGAUUUCCAUGACAAUUAAUGAUCUUGUAAGUGCGAGGCUUAAUCCAGAGGAGGCGUAUUCUGAAACUUAUACCCAUUGUGAAAUCCAUCCAUCAUUGAUAUUGGGUGUUUGUGCUUCAAUUAUACCAUUUCCUGACCACAACCAAUCUCCACGUAAUACAUAUCAGUCAGCUAUGGGUAAGCAAGCCAUGGGAAUUUAUGUCACCAACUACCAAUUACGUAUGGAUACGUUGGCCUACGUUCUCUACUAUCCUCAGAAGCCUCUUGUUACCACUCGAGCCAUGGAGCACUUGCACUUUAGGCAGCUACCUGCUGGCAUUAAUGCCAUUGUUGCCAUAGCCUGCUAUUCUGGAUAUAACCAAGAAGAUUCUGUUAUUAUGAACCAGUCAUCAGUAGAUCGUGGAUUCUUUCGGUCACUAUUUUUCCGAUCAUAUAGGGAUGAAGAGAAGAAGAUGGGGACACUAGUUAAAGAGGAUUUUGGACGUCCUGAUAGAGCUAAUACCAUGGGCAUGCGACAUGGUUCCUAUGAUAAAUUGGAUGACGAUGGUCUUGCCCCUCCUGGAACCAGAGUUUCAGGUGAGGAUGUAAUCAUCGGGAAGACUACUCCUAUUGCUCAGGAUGAUGCUCAGGGACAAGCUUCACGUUACACAAAGCGUGAUCAUAGCACAAGCUUACGCCACAGUGAAACUGGGACAGUGGAUCAGGUGUUACUAACAACAAAUGCCGAUGGGUUGAGAUUUGUGAAAGUAAGGGUGAGAUCUGUUCGGAUACCUCAGAUCGGCGAUAAGUUUAGCAGUAGGCAUGGUCAAAAGGGAACAGUUGGCAUGACUUACACGCAAGAAGACAUGCCAUGGACUGUCGAAGGCAUCACCCCUGACAUUAUUGUGAAUCCGCAUGCUAUCCCAUCUCGAAUGACAAUUGGGCAGCUUAUUGAGUGCAUCAUGGGUAAAGUUGCAGCUCACGUGGGGAAGGAAGGAGAUGCUACUCCCUUCACGGAUGUUACAGUGGACAACAUCAGCAAAGCUCUCCACAAAUGUGGGUAUCAAAUGCGUGGGUUUGAGACGAUGUAUAAUGGUCACACAGGGCGGAAGCUUACAGCUAUGAUAUUCCUGGGCCCCACUUACUACCAAAGAUUGAAGCACAUGGUUGAUGACAAAAUCCAUUCUCGUGGGAGAGGCCCUGUGCAGAUCCUCACAAGGCAGCCUGCUGAGGGACGGUCACGUGAUGGUGGUCUCAGAUUUGGAGAGAUGGAGCGGGAUUGCAUGAUUGCACAUGGUGCUGCUCAUUUUCUUAAAGAAAGGUUGUUUGACCAAAGUGAUGCAUAUAGGGUUCACGUCUGUGAGAAAUGUGGGCUAAUAGCUAUUGCAAACCUCAAGAAGAAUUCUUUUGAAUGCAGAGGUUGCAAGAAUAAAACUGACAUUGUUCAGGUGCAUAUUCCUUAUGCCUGUAAGCUGCUGUUCCAAGAGCUAAUGUCCAUGGCCAUUGCACCAAGAAUGCUCACAAAGGAAAUCAAAGAAGCCAAGGAGAAGAAGAAGAAAGGAGCCUAAUAUACUUGGCCUUCUCUUAAGCUAAAACCUUUAAUGGCCAAAUAAAAGGAGCUCAUGAUGCUUCGGGGUCAUGAAUUCACUAGUUCUGCGUUCUUUUUUCCCGGAAGCUCAUUGGUAGAUCAGGUAUUCUUGCAGGGUUUUGUAGCUCUUUUUGCAGAGUAUGUGGUCAGCCAUAUUACCAUGGAGUUAAGGUAACGGAAACUUUGACAAGCAAGAAGUCUUCACUGCGUUACCGUGCUGGUUGAGAGCAGCCUUGUGGAAUUUUCUUUGCCACUAUAGUUGUUGUGUGGCUACAAGCAUCAAUGAACAACGCACAAUAGUAUAACCUCCCCAUCCUUAAAGAAGAGGGGAGGGGUUUGAGCUCGGUGUGGGCAGAAGUGUGUGUUUGCUUUACCACUAUAUAUAUAUAUAUAUAUCUCCUUCCUUCUCUCCUCUGGUGGUUGUAAUGAGCGACUGAGAGCAGUGGCCGGUGGGCUGUGUAUUUUAGUUGUAAUAGCAUAUGGUUUAUUAUUCUGAAGAAAAUAAAUUGGUUUCUUUUUAUCAAGGGAAACAAAUAUAUGUUUUUUGAGUUUUGAA